AUGAACAAACAAUACCAACACUGUCAUGCACUCAAAUACAAAGGUGAAUCGGCCGGUUUCUACUGCGCAUCUGGAAAAGUUGUAUUGCCACCACUGAAUUCGCCGCCAGAACCAUUGAAAGCACUAUUGGCUGGAGCCACAUCUCAAUCUAAAUUUUUUUUGCGUAAAAUUCGCAAAUUCAAUUCGUGCUUUCAAAUGACAUCAUUUGGAGCAACAAAAAUCAUUCAGAAUGAGGAUGGUCGCAAUUUUCAAUCAACGUUUAAGAUUCAAGGCCAAGUGUAUCAUCAAAUUGGUUUUUUAAUUCCGAUGUCUGAUAGCGAUUCAAAAUGUCUGCAAAUCUACUUCAUGGGUGAUGAGGAGCAGCAAAUAAACGUACGCUGCCAGUACAACCAUAUCGAGCAGAUGGAAGAGCGAGAAAUUGUGAGUAUUUUAGAACCGUUUUUACAGAAUCACAACCAGUUGGUCCAGUUGUUCUAUACCGUUUCAAACAGACUGCAAAACGACAACUAUACGAUCAUCAUCAAAGCAGACAAAGUACCAUCUGGGCAGCACGCGGGCCGAUAUAAUGCACCGACCAUUAAUGAAGUUGCAGUUGUUAUGGUUGGCGAUGCAUUUGAACGUCAAGAUAUACGAAUCAUACGCAGAGAUAACACAGUGCAUAAGAUUGAAGACAGUCAUCGCUCUUAUUACGCUUUGCAAUAUCCAUUGAUAUUUUGGGACGGAGAAGAUGGAUAUCAUUUAAAUAUCAAACAAAGAAAUCCAGCAACAGGUGUAGAAACGAGCAAGAAAGUGAGCGCGAUGAACUUCUACGAGGAACGCAUAUCGGUUGAUGAUUCGUGCAAAUGA